AUGAAGAAAAAAGUGGAAGACGUGAAGAAGUUGUUUGACAAUAUCACGAAUGCUGUUGUUAGUGAGGCUAUGUUGCCGGAGAACCUUCAGGACGAUAUCAAGAAGAUCUGCCAGAUCAAAAUUACCAAAAAUAGUUGUAGUGAAUUGAGGAAGACUGCGAUGUUCGAGUUUAAGUGCGAAAUGGACGGAUGUUUUGAGGAGUUGAAGCAAAACAUGAAUGUAAGUGUAGUGUAACUAUGAUAGUAUUGAAAACUUCCUUAACGGGUUUGGCAUGCUGUUUUACAUUGUGUUUAUCUUUAUGUUUAGUUAGAGGAAGUUGAUAACAAAUUAGAGGAGAAGAGGCUUAAGAAGAGUGCUUGGAGAAUGAAUCUGGACCCCGAACAUAACACUUUCGCUCAGAGAUAUAAAGGGUACGAUCGAUUCAUCAAGGAGUGCAGAGAAGAGAUCGCCGGGCUUCGAGAAGAUGUUCAGGUACUUUACAAUCUAUUGUUUUUAGGAGACUAUGAGUUUUAUAAAUUAGAAAUCUGAAUGUUUUAUUCAAAUUGAUAACUUUGUUACCUAAACUUUUUUCAGACUUUACGUGAAGAGCUGACGGGCACGGACUAA